AUGUCUGCACAGGAGAACCCCCCUCUCCCCCUGGGCGGGGCAGCCGGUGCCCCGAACGAGACAGCUCAUCAGCCACCCAACGAUGCGAACAAUAACGGUGCGGCGACCGAUGGGAACGGUGCGAGUGAUAAGCCGGCUCGCCCCCCUCUCGACCGCCUCGACACACCCGACAUCCCGACCCCGCCGCAGACGCGCGCCUCGCCCUCCUUCUCUUUCCACGAGGAGCGGCGCCUGCUCAAAUCUGACGAGUACUGGCUCUCGCACAAGCUCCCCCGCCUCCCUCCCGCCGCGCUCGCCACUUCGCCGACCGCAUCCAUGGACGCACUGAUGCAGAGCACGCGCAGCAACGCCUCUGCCUCUGGAACGCAGCAGUCGCCAACGCAACCAAAGCCCUCGCAGCGCCCGCCCUCUGACGAGAGCGAGGAGGAGGAGGACCUCGGCCCCCACGGCACAGGGGCUUAUCACGGUCUUGGCUCUGCUCCCGCACGAGGCAAUUCGAUGCUCUCGCCCAGCGGGCCCGAGUAUGGCGACCUGGACCCGAUCGAUGUCCAGAUCCACCGCAACGAGCUGAAUUAUGACGAGCGCCUCGGUCUCGAGGAGGAGCAAGAGGAGCGGGCCUUUGGAAUGGACGACGCAUACCUCCCCGGCGGGCAGGACCGCCACCACCAAGACGAACUGCACGAGGCGGCAGUCGACACGGUCAAGGCGUUUGCCGAGUCGGGCGUCGGCAGCGAGCUGGAGGCGCUGUAUGGUGCCUUCUCGCGCUGCCUUGAGCUCCGCGACAAGUACAUGGAGCUCUCGAACCAGCGGCUCGGCGACAACCCGCGCGACCACGACGGCACGUUUGUCGGCUUCAAGGAGGGCCGGGGGGACGUCAUGGGCCUGCGCGCGGAUGCAGAGGCAGAGGGCGCCGAGCUGCCGCCCGACCCGAGCCAGAGCUGGAAGAUGGUCCCGCCUCCGCCGGACCCGCACUGGAAGUGGGAGAAGCAGGGCGAGAGCGUGCACCCGGCCCCGGCCGAGGAUGCGCAGGAGCGCAAGUCCAAGACGUCGACGCAGACGCCCAAAUUCGACUUGUCGCAGUUUGACAUUCCCGGCCCCGAGCCCGAGGGCAGCAAGCACACCUUUGCCUUGGACGGAGAGGGAGUGUAUCGCGUCUACGACGCUGGGGGCAAGACGCUCUCGCGCGUCCCCAACCUGAAGGAGUACUACUCUGAUCUCGACUAUCUCCUGGGCGUGUGCAGUGACGGCCCGGCCAAGUCGUUCGCCUUCCGCCGCCUCAAGUACCUCAGCUCCAAGUGGACGCUCUACACGCUGCUGAACGAGUACCAAGAACUGGCGGACAUGAAGGCUGUGCCGCACCGUGAUUUCUACAACGUGCGCAAGGUCGACACGCACAUCCACCACUCGGCGAGCAUGAACCAGAAGCACCUGCUGCGCUUCAUCAAGGCCAAGUUGCGCAAGUGUCCCGACGAAAUUGUGAUCCACCGCGACGGGCGCGACCUGACGCUCAAGGAGGUGUUCGAGUCGCUGAACCUGACGGCGUACGAUUUGUCCAUCGACACGCUGGACAUGCACGCGCACCAAGAGUUCCACCGCUUCGACCGCUUCAACAACCGGUACAAUCCCACGGGGUCGUCGCGUCUGCGCGAAAUCUUCCUCAAGACGGACAACCUGCUGGGCGGGAGCUAUCUGGCCGAGCUGACGACCGAGCUGAUCGCCGACCUCGAGCAGAGCAAGUACCAGCACUCGGAGUGGCGCCUGAGUAUCUACGGCCGCAGCCUGAAUGAGUGGGACAAGCUGGCGAAAUGGGUCGUGAACAACAAACUCGUGUCGCACAACGUGCGCUGGCUCAUCCAGGUCCCCCGCCUGUACGAGGUGUACAAGGCUGGCGGACUCGUGUCGAACUUUGAGGACGUGGUGCGCAACAUUUUCCAGCCCCUGUUCGAAGUGACGGCCGACCCCUCGUCCCACCCCGAACUGCACGUGUUCCUGCAGCGAGUGGUCGGGUUCGACAGCGUCGACGACGAAUCAAAGCCCGAGCGCCGCCUGUACAAGAAAUUCCCGCCAGCCCAAGAGUGGAACACGCGCCAGUCCCCGCCCUACUCCUACUGGCUGUACUACAUGUAUGCGAACAUGGCGUCGCUGAAUGCGUGGCGAAAGGAAAGGGGGUUCUGCACCUUUGUGCUGCGCCCGCACUGCGGCGAGGCGGGCGACCCGGACCACCUGUCCUCUGCGUUCCUCACGUCGCACUCGAUCUCGCACGGCAUCCUGCUGCGCAAAGUCCCCGCCCUGCAGUAUCUCUUCUACCUGAAGCAGAUCGGCCUCGCCAUGUCCCCGCUAAGCAACAACGCGCUGUUCCUGACCUACGAGCGCAACCCGUUCAAGGACUUUUUCAAGGUGGGCAUGAACGUGAGCCUGAGCACGGACGAUCCGCUGCAGUUCCACUUCACGGCCCAACAUCUGCUGGAGGAGUACAGCUGUGCGGCGCAGAUCUACAAGCUCACGCCCGCCGACAUGUGUGAGCUUGCGCGCAACUCGGUCUUGCAAUCAGGCUGGGAGCUGCAGGUGAAAAAGCACUGGAUCGGAAACCACUACUACCUCCCCGGUGCGGCAGGUAACGACAUCCACCGCACCAACGUGCCCAGUAUCCGCCUGAGCUACCGGCACUCGACGCUGCUGGAGGAACUCCAGCUGAUCCGGUAUGGAAGGCACACGCCCAGCCCCACCCCGAUGCCCCUGAAGCACUCCUCCGCCCAGCAGGUCGCCGCGGCGAGUAUGGCGCACACGAACGCCGUGCUCCACGGACACCAGCCCACGCUCGUUGGCGCCAGUGUGCUGGAUUCGCGGGGCAGGAAGAGGAGCCAGACGGACCUGAAGAGGAGGAGCCAGCUCGGCAUGAGCGCCAAGGACGCGAACGCUAUUCGGGACUUGAAGAUCGAGGACAGGGGCGAGAAGGGGGCGAGUCCGGCGACGCAGACGAGGGAACUGGAGGGAGGGAGGGAGAAUGGAGACAAGGCGGAGAGGGGUAAGCCCGACUUGACGAUGGGCGCGGAGUAG